AAUAAUAUCUAAUAUUAUCAGCUCUAACAAAAUCUAAAAAUUAAUGGCAAUGGCAAGCCCGACAACCGUCCCAACGGUGUUUGCUAAAUUUGGGUCCGGAAUCGAAGCACCAAACCAGUUCCCAGCCCUCCAUAAUUACUCCCGUUCUUCCUCCCCUUUCCUCAACAGUCGUGCGUUAACGUAGAACUCAUCUUCCCUUGGCGAUGAGCACGACGGCGGUGAAGUGUGGCUCCGUCCACCGCCCGGAGGCGAUUGCCACCUUCAACGCCGCGCCGUUCCACCUCCUGGAGCUCACCAUCAUCUCCGCCCAGGAGCUCCACCCGGCCGCCAGGUCCACGGCCACGUACGCCUCCGCCUGGGUGGAUCCGGCCCACAAGCUCCGCACUUGCCUGCUGGAUACCACUGGCCACGCUGACCCCACCUGGAACCACAAGUUCCUCUUCCGCGUCGACGACGCCUUCAUCGCCUCCGACACCGCCGCCGUCGACAUCCACUUCCUCCACGCCAGGCGCCUCCGCCGCGACCGCCUCCUCGGCAUCGUUCGCGUCGUCCUCAGCGCCGCCCUCCCCCGCCGCGUCGUCGCGCUCCAGGUGCGCCGUCCCUCCUCCCUCCGCCCCUGCGGUAUCCUCAACCUCAGCGUCGCCCUGCUCGGCCAACACGAGAAGGAGAUGCUGCUCUUCUAUUACGACCUCUCCUCCUCCGCCGCCUCAUUCUCCUACGAAGACCUCGCUGGCUCCAAGCGCCACGGAGGCGUCUCUGCCACCGGCGAUCAGGAGAAGUGGAAGCUGGAGAGGAGCAAGUCCGUGGAGAGGGAGUGUGGGCUGGAGGAGGAGGAGGAGCGGGAGAGGGAGUCUAUGGAGACGAAGCUGGAGAUGUGGAAGCUGGAGAUGUCGCCGGUGCAGGAGACGAUGGAGGAGGGCCAACCAGGGAAGAGGAAGAAGGGGACAGGCUUCAUGAGAUGCUUCUCAUGUGGUGUGUGAGUGAUCAAUUGGAAGAAGACCAAGUAGCUAUUAAGUAGAUUGUUUUUUUUUCCUUUCUUUGUUUCUUUGUUUCUUUCUUUCUUAUUGUUUAUUUCUUAAAUUGUAAUGAAACCAUGUAUAUGUUCAGCUGCCUGUCUAUGUUUAUGAAUUAUUUUGUUUGAAA